CCUGCUGGAGUAAGGCACCUGUGAUGGGAAAAAAAAUGUUCUCCUAGUCCCAGGGGAAGUUUGAUUCUACUUACUGGUGUGCUUUUUAAAGAACAACUGUCAAUACGAAGGACAAUGCACAGUGUGUGUCCUGAUGACAGUUUGUGUGCUGCAACAUGGCUCUUGUCAUGGCAUCCGAGACCGAAAAGGCCCACGCUCUUCUCCAGACUUUCAGCACAGCGUCAGUUCUUUCCAGUCUAGGUUUGGGGAUAUUCUGCUUUGUAGCAGACAGACUCCUGCAGUUUUCCUUCAUUCAGCAGAAUGACUGGCUAAGAGCCUUAUCUGAUAAUGCAGUGCAUGGCAUACUGGGGAUGUGGUCCUGGGCAAUAGUGAUUGGACUCAGGAAGAAAAGUGACUUCACUGAGGUCACCCUAGCUGGCUUUCUUGCCUCUGUCAUUGACGUGGACCACUUCUUUCUUGCUGGAUCUCUGUCCUUAAAGGCUGCUCUGACUCUUCCACGGAGACCACUUCUUCAUUGUUCUACUGUGAUUCCUGUGGUGGCUCUGACAUUAAAGUUUAUCAUGCAGCUUUUCAGGCUUAAGGACUCAUGGUGCUUUCUUCCCUGGAUGUUGUUCAUAUCCUGGACUUCUCAUCAUGUCCGUGAUGGGAUUCGUCAUGGCCUCUGGAUCUGCCCGUUUGGAAAAACUCCUCCAUUGCCAUAUUGGCUGUAUGUGGCAAUUACAGCAUCUUUACCUCAUCUGUGUUCAUUUAUUAUGUAUUUAACGGGCACUAGAGAAUUAAUGUCCAUAAAACAUGGAAUCCGCAUUGAUGUAUAGGAAUAAUGGCGUUUCAAGGUGGUUUGUGCAAGCACUUGAAAUAACCUGCCUGUCUGUCACUGAAGGGUUUCCUUGUGUUUCCUACACCUUCUGAAUUAGGCAUUUUAAAGUUGUGGAGCCAAUUACAGCUCUUGUGUCAAUUCCUUGUGGUCACAGAACCUAUUUAAUGAAUAAUAAUAAUUUUAUAUCUCUACAUUUCCCUUGUACAGUGUGUGGUCUUCCAUGAUAGUUCAUGCAUAGCGAGCUGAUUAUAAAGUACUUAGUUUCUCUCUGUAGUAAUUACAUUGCAUUUUACUAUUACGGUGCCAUUCAUUUGAUCACCAUUCACUUUGGAUUUGUAUUCUGCCUCUGGAGAAUACGUUUCAUCCAGAUAGUAUUUGUAUGGCACUUUAAAAAUUUGAAGUUCUAUAUAAAUGCUAGGUAUUAUUGAGGAUUUAAUAGUGUCUGGGAAUUCUAAAAAAAUCUCUGUUAGCCUUUCUAAUUUAUUAAUAUGUUAGGAGUCCUGCUGGAUUUUUGCAUUCAACAAUUUUAAAAGAAACACCGCCUCUAUUUCACACUGUCUAUCCACACCUCUUUGAACCUGUAAUCACAAAGUGUUUUACUAAAUUCUGUAUCCCCCUGUCAUUGCUUAAUACUAAAUUUGCAGAUAAUUACUAGCCUCAAAAUUAGAAAUGGGUAUACAGAUUGGUUAUAGUAUUAUGGUGUGUUGUCCAAUUUGUUUAAUUUUUAAAAAUACACUAAAUAUGAAUACUGUUUAAUUUGAAACCAAGGAAUUUUAGUUAAUACUUAAGAAUUGUGUGAAGAUUCAGGGAGACUCAAGAAAAUAAAAUUUGCUUAUAACACAGGCUUGCUUAAAGAUAUUACUACUCAGUAAAGCAUUUUCCAUUAAGUGCAAUAUCAUCCUCAUAAGUGUAAAAUAAAAUGCAUUAUAAUUAUUAUUAUUAUUAUACUAAAGAAAUAUAAAUUUCCUCAUAAAGAAGAUCCAUAAGGAAAAGUGUUAUUAUGCUGCAGUUUAUGAGGUAGUAAUUUGCACUAUGGACUAUUCAGUUUUUGUUUAUAGACAUUUCUCAGAAAGAGUCCCAAAUUAAAAGUUGUCUGGUCUUGUCUGACUAGACAAGACUGUCUAGACUUGUUCGGUUUAUAAUAUACAAGCUGAGAAUGUCUAUUAAUAAUUUUUAAAUUUUGUAUUCACUGCCCAUAAAAGAGAUGGGGCCUUAACUACUCCAGCUUGUGAUGAAUAGCUGUCAAAAGGGGAUCAUUUUUAUGGAACUGCAUGUAUAAGGUAGCAUGUGUUUAACUUAGGUUACCAAGGGGUGUAAGGGUUUAACAUGAUGUGUACAUUUACAUUAUUAAAUGUAUAUUAGAAUAAAGUUUAAAAAAAUUAUUAAAUGGGAUGCUUGUUGUAAUAAGUACCAGAAACUUCCUGUGGCUGCAGAAUCCUUAAGGCUCUUUGAAGCAUUCUAUGCUAAUCAUGGAAAGUGUUGCACCUCUUUAAAAUGUGUCUUUGCAUCAAAAGAAUAGUCACUGUCCUGUCUGUUCUUCACAUUAGAAAUGUAUGCCAAUCAAACUUGCCUGAUAGUACAGUGGGCCUGUCUAGCCUUUAUUAUAAAAUGAAUAAAAGGUUUCUUUGUUGGAAAGAAGAUUGGAAGAGUAAAAACCUCCUUAGAGGUUUAUCCUCAUGCUGUGAAUUUCUGUCCUUUAGAGUUUUCCAGAAACAGCAUAAGAAAUAUCUUGCUUUAGAGCUUCAGAUCAAAACUGGUUUUCAUCCAAAGGCAAGAUGGUUUACUAGAGGAGCAUUGCUCAUUCAUUUACUUCUAUCUUGUAUUUUAAAGUACAGGCUAUGAAAUGCCAGUAAUGAAUAAAUUUGUGCAAGGGGUGAAGACUGAAACCUGUGUAGAAAAUUUUCUCUAUUCUUGUUUCAUGAUAUAAAGUUUGUAUAAAUUUGUGCUUUAUCCAGAUUUUUUUCAAAGGGAAAUGUAUAAUAGGAACAAGGUGUAGAAUUACACUUUCUCACUUUCAGACUGUAUCUGUAGUGUUUCUGGUAAUUAUGUCUACCCACAGUCCUUAAAAUCAGUACUGUACUGUUCUAGCUAUGUUUAAGGACCAUUUAAUGGGUACAUAUUCAGUAGUUUAAAACUAUGUAUUUUAAUUCUCUUUAAAACUAUGAAUUUUAAUUCUCUUUAUGUCUAGAUACUUCUGUGUGAGCAUUCACAGUAACUUUGAGCUGUAUUUCGAAACACCAUUUUUUCCGGCCGUGUUCUUAUGCCAGUUCUACCACAGCAAUAGGUGAACCCUUCAUGAACUCAGACACUAUAUUCGUGAACUCAGACACAUAUUAAGGAAAGCAGCAAGUACAAAGUACUUUGGUACCAUGUAAAGUACCAGUACAAAGUACCAUGACUUUUCUCCCUCCAGACAGACAUGGCAGUCUCUCACCUCAGCCUGACAUUUAGGCAGCUUUCACUGAGGCCAUCAGCAGCUGUUCAAGGUAACCUGACACGUGGCAUGUGCUGCUGUAAUUUGUGGGUAGCCAGGGUAGGUACAAAGGGGAAGUUAGGUGUUUGUUUCAGCCUGUGUGUCUGUGUGUCGUGGGCAGAGUGGGAGCUACAGAGAUUAUAGAGAAGCCCCCCUCCUGAGUCAUGAGGCACAGACAGGACCCUCUUGCUUUCUAAACUCCUCAUAGAGGCCUCUGGGUGCAGCUGGAUCCAGCCUCAGUCCCAGAUCCUGUCAAUGGCUUAUGUUAAUGCAUUAAAUAGGCAUUAUUGAAUCUUUUCACAGCUUUGUCCCACAGGAUUAAGGAUAAAUUAGGGUUAUUAUUAGGGUUAUAACUUACUAUGAUAAUGAUGAGACUAAAAGAUCUUAAUCAGAAUUAUUUGCUGCACAGUAUAAGUAGCUAUAACUACUAGUCUAGUUCAGUCCUCUAUUUUUGAAGCAAUAUUGAAGCAAAGGUACAAAAGAAAUUAUGAAGUAGAGAUUGAUUUUACUCACCAAUACCGAUGACUGUGGGGAAAUCGCUUUCUCUCAGCUUUGAGGGGUAACCUUCAGGCAAAUCUCAACUCAAGGAAGGAAUCUUCUGAAACGGGAUUGUUGGAGGACCUCCCCACUCAUUAAAAAGUGGGAGUGGGCUCUAUGUUUCCAGACCAGCUGUGUCACCUUGGCAUCUUUAGAUAAGUUAGCAGUACCACUUGUUUGUUGCUUUAUCUGGUACCUUACCAGAUCUGCCACAGCUUCACCUUUCUGUCAGGAGUGUUUUACUCUGGGAUUGAUGAGUCAGGCAGGUUUCAGCAUUAUGCAGCACCAAAAGCACCAGGACAACCCCUUCCUCCUCUGAUAGCUUUGCAAACAGGGUGUUAUUCCAGCUGUUUUACAGCCAUCCAGGCAGAGCAUCCUGCUACACCUCUUCACCCAACACCUGCCUGCUACAGAUGAAUUGCCCAACAACUCCUUACCAGUAUUCCGUGUGCAUUUCAAAUUCACUGAUGUUUCCAACUGUGCAUCGAUACCAUGUCUAGCAAAACCAUAACAAAAAUAAACCAAGAUACUAAAAAUAUACUGACUUUGUACUUUAUUGCAUGCAUUACUAUAAUGAGUAACUGUAAAAUACAAAAAGCAUGUGAUUGAACAAAAUGGGGCUUGCAAAGUCAAGUUAAUGAUGUUGUGCACAAUGUAUGAUACAUAUCACUAAAAUACUAGGUUUUUCAGUGAUUCUUUUAACAUGCCAAACUAAAAAUUUUCCAUGUAUUUUCAAGUUGAACUUAAAAAGUUGAACAAAGUGUUGCUGUAUUGUGA